AUUGUCAACCCCCUUAUAAUUACACAUUCGGUUGUCCUUGUCAAUGAAGCUUGGCUGUUUGGCUGUCUGACAUUACAACAUUCUGGCUGUACAACUCGCAAAUAUUUUACUAAUUGAGAGUAUUCAAACUCUAAAUUAGUGUUAGCUAGCUUUGUCUUCGUUCGUGACAUGGCGGCCAAGAUUCUCCCUGUAGUAAAGUUGGUCACUAAGGUGACUGUAGCGGGUGGAGCUCUGUAUGUAGCCUAUGACACGGGGCUUCUAGGAGGAAGUGAGGAAGGUUCAGUGGUCCUCACCAAAGCUAAAGCCGCUAUUCCCCCUGCCGUGGACGAGUGGAUGAAGUACUUUGGUUUGGAGCUUCCUGCUCCCCCUAAAAUUGAAUUCUCUCCCACUGAAUCAUGGAACUCAGGAGUGCAAAAAUCCAUAGCCGCUCUGUCGGUCGCGCCAACCAGAGUGUGCGAAGUCACCAAUCAAGGCAUCCAGUAUGUGAAAAAUAUUACCAAGUGAACCCCAACACCCCAAACUCAGAAGACAUCAGUGUAUCGAGUUUCCAUUUUGAAUGGGUGAAAAGGUUCUUCUCCACUAUCGUCAAAACUUCAGGAUAAAAAAGGCACAGGUGUCCUCAAAGGUUGGGAAGGAAAGAGAUUGUACGUUUGCCCUCACAUAAAGAUUCCUUGAUUGAUUUAGACACUUUGUAUUUCCCGUGAGAAAUGGAGCCUGGGUGUAAAUAAUGAGAAAUAUGCACUCGUCUGUCCAGCGACAACGCUUUUCUCCUGCUGAGGUCUGGGCAUGAGAAAAUCCAGCACUGAGCAUGCGGCUGUCUUGAAGAUAUUUACGGCUACAUACUGCUUGGGGGGUGAAAACAGCAAACGAACAAACCUAAGAGUGAAAGAGCAGGGCCUUGCAGGCAGACGAGGAUCGAUAUGUGUGACACACCUCACAGGGACGUUGCGUGCUUUUUAAGUGGAGUGCAUCGUUUGGUCAUCCUGUCAUAUUAUUUAUUUCUGAUAUUUUACUGGUUUUGGCUUGGAAUCUGUUCUUCGCCCUUGUACCAAUAACAUCUUUUAUACAGAAAAAAAAGCUGUAUUUUUUGUAUAUAACCAAAUUCCACCCUUUACCAGUUGACACGUUCAAAAAUAAAUAUCAUGCCAGACAA